AUGGAUAAGGAAAUUAUUGGCAUCACAUAUGACCGCAAGCUUCCCAACCCGGGAGUCACAGGGGUGAAAUUUCACACUUUUACGCUCUUAAGAGGGGUACUCCGACGUCGACAGCCUCGACUAGAACCACACAGGUUCCAGAAGAGCAGAGCUCUUGUACCCACUAAGACCCGGACACCUGGACCUACUGAUGUCGGUCGCUCCUACGGAUCCAUCACCGACACGUUCCCGAACAAGGUCCGUCCUUAG